AUGUCCACAGAUGACAGCAUCUCUGAGGAUGUGUCCAGCUCUGUGGCCCUGAGCCACGACCAUACCAGUGCCAAUGGGGGGAAGGGGAGCGAGGCCUCCAUGGUCUCCUCUGAGGACACAGUGUCAGGCUUGGUUGUUCCCGAGGAGGAGCUCCCCUCUGCCCCCACUGUGCAGGCUUUAGAGGGCUUCCUUCAGACUCCGGAGGGACCUGUGAUGAACCGACCUCCCACAUCACCAGCAUGUAAUAUUUCACACAAGAUAAGGAAUCUGUGUCUUCGCACCGAGGAGGAGUUUAGCUCAGGGAGAAGUUUGCCCUUCAUAAAUCCCAGCUCUUUGGAGACCCUCAGAGCCCUGGUACAGGAGAUCCAGAGCAGCGGAGAGACAGACCCGGAGAUCUGGAAGAACUGCGAGGGCAGGUGGUUGCAUCUCUUUCAGUUGGUGGAAAAGCAAUACCAAGAGCAAAUUCUUGCCCAGCAGGAGCAGUACCAGUGCCAAAUACAGCUCAUACAAGAUGAGAUUAAAGCUCUUGUGCAGCUACAGAACCGACAAAGUGGGACACAGUCGCACACCCAGGACCCGUCCCCACACGCAGUUAAGGACACCAGGCCCCCGGAGGACCUAAAGAGCGGCAGCAAUGUUGCCCAGUCUACACCACGACCCCCCGGUUCGCAGUCUCCGCCGCGGGGCUCCGCUAACCGGGAGAGCUCAGAGGACUACCCGGCCACGGUGCUUCUAAGCAGCGGAUACGCCACCCUAACCACGUGGGAGCAGGGCCUGGAGCCCGGGGCGCCCGGAGCUCCAGACAGGCCCACGGAGGGGAGAGAUGAGGUUAUGUGGUCCCCAAACCAGCAGGAUCACAGCCUGGCGCGUUCGCCCUUACAAGACACCAGCCUGACGGGGCGGGAGAGGCAGCGGAGCGGGAGCGGCGCAGUCAGAGACGCAGCUCAGACGGCGUCUCACCCCGGUCAGCCGCUCACGUCCUGGGCUCAGAGACAGAGACGCAGGCAGAGGAAAAGCAAGCUGGCGCGGGAGUCGCCUCCACAGGUGGCAGAGAGAGAACAGGCCCGGGCGUGGAGCACUCCAAAGGAGCAAACGCACAACCACGAUGAUCAUGCAUGCACUGCAGCCUCUGUGAAUCCUGUUCCCCUAAAGAGAACUGACAGCACAGUGUCUGAGGCCUCAGGUCUGACAUACUGGAAGCUGGAUGAGAGUGAACUCUAUCGCCCCCUACCUGACAGCUUUGACAGUGGCGCUUUCCUCUUGCUACAAGAUGCUACAAUGAGCCAGACAUUACAAGAGGAGCCCAGAGUCUCUGUGUCUCUGAAAGAGAUUUACCAGAGCAAGCAGAGAGAAGGCCAGGACUGGGACCUGGUUUCCAAUGCAUCCUCCCCACAGGUUUUCACCCUGGACCCCACCGUUCACGUCCGACAUUCGGACCGCACGUCCGGCUUCACCUCUCCGUCCCGUUUCAGCAGCCCGUCCCUCCUCUCCCAGCCCCAGGCGUUCCCCAGCGGUGGAGCUCCGGUCAGCCCCGACUCCAUGGCUCUCCGCAGCCACACGGACACCGACUGCACCUCCAACUCCAGCAGCCUCUCCGCCCAGCAGGUCCCCGACAGGACCGCCCCGCCCGCCGCCGCCUCUACCUCACCCGCCGGCCGCGGCGCCCAGCGGGCCAACAGCGAGGACGACGGCAGCCACACCGCCACUCUGACCCAGCAGACCCGACUGACAGCCGGACGAGACCCACGGGAACAGCAGCGGGUCGGCCCGGGAUCAGGCAGCGGGCGCCUGGAGAGGACCACUUCGCUGGAAGACCCGGUGGUUCUUUCACUGUUGAGGCAAAACCUGAGAGAGAAGCAUUCUCGACACAUCGCUGAUCUGCGAGCGUACUAUGAAGCGGAGAUUAGCGCCCUGAAGGAGAAGCUGGAUUUGGUCGAUUUGCCUUUGGACAUGGAGAAGGGCAACCGCGUGCUUCAGGAAAGGUGCGAGCACCUUGAAAGAGCUUUGACUGAAGCAGGGAACCGCAUCCAGGAACUGGAAAACAAGAACCGCCUCCUGGAGAGACAGCUGGCGGAAUGGCCGGAGCGCUACAGCGCGGCGAGCGGGGCGGUGGAGGCCCUGCAGCAGAGGUUGGAGGAGAGCAAACGGAGCAGCAGAGAGAAGGAUGGCGCAGCGUCCAAGAUGAAGGCGCGACUCCGUCAGCUGGAGGAGACGGUGCAGAAGGCCUGUAGAGAGGCGGAUGAGAAAGAAGCUCGCAUGAAGACGGAAAACAGGAUGCUACAGGACCUCCUACUGGAGUAUGACUCUUUGAGAAAAGAGUAUGAGGGCAUGAAGGACAAUUUGGUGGCAGCUGAGGACAAGCUCUUUGAUGCCAAUGAACAGAUAUCAGAGCUAAAAAGGGUCAUUUCCAAACUGGAAGCCCAGGUCAAGCAGCUGGAACACGAGAACCUGGCCAAGACUCGGCAGGCGGCCCACGCCCAUGCCCAGCCGUCCGGAGCAGGACUGUUUCAUCAUCCUGACCUGCUUCUCUCACCUGGUAAAAGGCAGCGUGAUUUGGAAAGCAGCAUUAAGAAGAGUUCCGGUCCCUGGGCUGACCUUGCCCCUUUCCCCAGGCUCUUUUCUUCUCCCGAGAGCGAGAAUGUUCCGGAUCCUCCCGCGGUUAAGGAGCCGGUGAAAAGGGAUGUGGCCCUGACGCCCGUGAUGAAGGCGCUGAUUCAGAUGGAGGAGACCAAAGCCACAGAGGGACGAGCUCUUUCCAAAAACAACUGGAAUUCUUUACGGCUGGGGAGACGGAGACCCACGGUGGGUUUCGUGGAGAGCUGUGUGAGGGAACCAGUACCAGAGAGGACUGCUGGUCUGCUGAGGACACAGAGGAGCCUGUCUCCAGAGGGCAGCCGCUCCUCAUCUUUACCCCCCAGGGCACAGAGGACGGGCCCCCUGUCCACGCCCACGAAAAGGGAAACUUUGUUAACGCCCCUGUCGGCCAAGUCCAGUCCUAAACGUUGCCCCUCCGAAAACUUCUCCACCGCGCUGGGUCACCCGCUCCCUUCCCCAGAGCACCUGCGAAACAGGUUUGAUGUGCAUUUUGACCAAAAAGACCUCCAUUCAUCUUAUCCAAGCCCAAGGAAGAGGUUGCAGUAUAUGCCCCCAGACAGGCAAGAAGCUGUGCCCCAGUGCAGGAAUGGAUCCGGUGAAUCUGUUGAGAGUGGUGAAUCAGAGGAGCAUGGUGGGAGGUCGGCCUGGGAGGAGCAGGAAGCCACGGGGGGUCCAUCGCAGUUUCAGGACCCCGCUGAUGAGGUGCCAUCCUCGUAUCAGACUCAGGUUCACUCGCUGGCGGACGCUGAACGGCUCUUUGACGAACUCACGCAAGAGAAACAACAGAUUGAGGCAGCUCUAAGUCGGAUUCCGGGGGCGGGGUCGAGGGUAACCUUGCAGACGAGGUUAGAUGAGGUGACCUUAGAAAAUCGUUUGGAGAAAGUUAAUCGAGAAUUGGGAUCUAUUCGCAUGACUCUGAAACGAUUCAACAUUCUUCGAUCCUCUGCCAACCUGUAGCCAGCGACUCUCUCCUCGCUCCUAACGUCAUUGAAGUGAUACUGCAUUGUUGUGUCAGUCGAAGG